CCUGAGAAGUUUUGCCUGUCGCCUCGGUCUCUGGGACAGCCUCUCACACAUCAUCUAACUAACAGACUGGAAAACUAACUCACCUGAAAACACACCCAAGCACCAAGUAAGGCCAGCCUUUUUUUUUAUUUGGUUACUACUGCCGACUGACAUGGAGACCCUGCGAUCCAGAGACGGACACUCACUCACUCACAACUCACUUUGCCUCACCUGCAGAAAAACGGAACACAGCAGAAUGAAGGUCAAGAUGAUGUCUUCAUUCAGUCGUGCGCUACUCUUUGCACUGGCUCUCAGCCUCUAUGUGGUGGAGAUGACCUCGGCUGAGACGCUGUGUGGGGGAGAGCUUGUAGACGCGCUGCAGUUCGUCUGUGAAGACAGAGGCUUCUAUUUCAGUAGGCCCACCAGUCGGGGAAACAACAGGCGCACCCAGAACCGUGGGAUAGUAGAGGAGUGUUGUUUCCGUAGCUGUGACCUCAAACUUCUGGAGCAGUACUGCGCCAAACCCGCCAAGUCAGAAAGAGAUGUGUCGGCCACAUCUCUACAGGUCAUUCCAGUGAUGCCUCCAUUAAAGCAGGAAGUCCCAAGGAAGCCGCAUGUGCCCGUGAAGUAUUCCAAAUAUGACCUGUGGCAGAAGAAGGCAGCGCAGCGGCUCCGGAGGGGCGUCCCCGCCAUCCUGAGAGCCAAAAAGUUUCGGAGGCAGGCAGAGAAGAUGAAAGCCCAGGAGGAAGCGACCUUCCACAGGCCCCUGAUCAGCUUGCCCAGCAAACUGCCGCCCGUCUUGCUCACCACGAACAACUAUGUCAACCACAAAUGAGCCCACUGCCAGCCCUUUGCACAGACAAGAGUUUGGACAAAAAAGCCUAGGGGAUUAUAGCUUUGUCUCUGACGUCAUUUCUGUGGCAGUUCUCUUUGACCUCCCCUGCCCUGUCCGAGCCAGCCAAUCCCCCCCCACCCAAUUCUCCUCCACUACUUCUUGACCCCUGGCCCCCUUUCUAAUACUCCUCGAACCCCAUCACCCUCCUCCGGAACACAAACAUGCCUUCACAUUCUUCCUGUCUGAACUUUUUCGCUAGCUCUUUCAGUCACAGACACAAAAGGCACAAACACACAUGAUGAACAAAAAGUUAACAAUUCGACUGAAUGCCAUUCAUGUGGACCCGUAAGCAAAAGAGUAAAUGGAAGGGAGAAGAGAAGAUGAAAGACAUCUGUGGUUUGCAAGUGUCAAGAGGACACCCAAGGGAAUGUUUUUUUGUCCUUGUGGAAAACAACUCAAAGUGAAGAGAAGCUUGCAUGACAGAAUCCAUUCCACAUAUUUUUUUUUUCCUGAGGCGAAAAAGAAAACCUGUUAGUUUUUUUUUUUUUUGCACCUCUACCUAUAAAGGGACUUCCACACUGUAAGGAAUUAUUUUGUAAAAUUAGAUUCCUGUUCCAGCACCUUUUGAUCACAAACAAAAAGCAGAAAAGAGUCUGCAGAAUUGCACAUUGCCACGGAUUACGUCAAAGUAAAGAAAAAUAAAUGGCACUAUUUUUUUAUGAACAAUGAACGUGUAGCUUAAAAAAAAUGUCAUGGUGCUAGCUUCAGGAAAGGACUUAAAGAAGAGGUUGAAAAGCACGUUUUUUUUUCUUUGAAUUUAUUAUAACUUUCCGUUUUAAGGAAAGUGAGACUUUUUAAAAGAUAGGGGAUAAAGGAUAUGGGGGAGCUCCUGGCAGUGGCAAUGUCAAGGGGUAAGUGUCACUGAGAAACUAUUUGGGGCUAUGACGGCAUCGAGGCUCACAGGAAAUACAAGGGGCUGCCGUCACACGCGGCAAAGGAGACACGAGACCCUGUCCCUGUCCUGCCUGUCUCCCCGAGGCAGAUGGACACAGGGAACAUAAAUAUGGGACGCUGUGGACUGCCUGGAUUGGGACAGUACUACACUUCUGGGAAAGUACUUCCUGUUUACUGUGGCUUUGCGGACUGCUUCGACAGGAAGUAACAUGGCAUGGACAAGUGGGAUAAUUGAUGAGGAUUCUAUUUUAGUUUGGUCUUUUUUUUGGUUUUCUUUUCAUAUCAAUAUUUCAAAGAAAAAAGAAAAAAAAGGAAAACCCUGUCUGUUUCUGGUACCAUGACAUUCCUGUUUUUCCAUGUUAGGCAUUUUUCAUGGUAAUGUUCUGAUGUGUCACUUUACCGUUCUAAAGAAAGGCACACAAAGUCUGAUUCAAAGGGAAAAAAACAGCAAUAAUGUCAACUAACAUUUAUUUUUAUUGUAUAUCAGUAGUAUUCACAUGCUUUUGCCUGAAAACAGAUACUUGAAUAUAUCUAUCUAUAUAUAUAUAUAAAUAUGGAUAUAUAUGUAUAUGUAUAAAUAUAUAUAUAGAUAUAUAAUUAGUUUCCAGGGACGUUGUGUUAUUUCCUUUAGUCUGAGCUGUAUCUUGCGUAAUGAGCCGCCAAGCUUUUUUGUUUAUUUGUUGAAAUACAAAUAAGGGCACUGUAUAAAGGCAUUAUUUAUUUUGUUAUAAAAUAUAUUUGAAAAAUUGGUCCAAAUAAUAUGCGCAGCACUGAUGCUCAACUGACGGAUUUAUUUUGUAUGAUCUCUGUUUUCCAAUUGGAGCUGUAAGGCUUUUUUUGUAGAUGCUUUGUACCAAAAAUAAUGUCUUUUUUUCUCCUUCCCCUUGUUCAUCUGCCAUAGAUAUUUAAAAUUAAUAUUUUAACAGCAGCAUGUAGUCUGAAUUUUGUAGGCAUGUUAUGUCACAGGAAUAGGUACAUACUCUGAAUAAUAACACAGUCUGAAUGGGUCUCCGGAAGCCUGUCAGGAUUACGGCAGCGACACAAAGUAUCAGUGAUUGACUUUUAGGAAUUUAAACACGUUUAAGAUCAGUUGUAUUCAAUCCACUUUGUUUUGAAGCCACUUUAGUAUUGAUGGCGGGGGGAAUGUUGAGUCCUCAAUUAAAUAAUGUCUUCAUAAUUGUGCACAAUAUCCUGCAAUCUUCUAAGGAGUAUUUUGUCUGUGUGGGUCGAUUGGAUCAAAUGUCACGACAGGGUCUGAACUCGUACAAUGCGCCUUUGUCCUCAAUGGACGUACAAGUGUUGCCAUGACAAUAACAUCAUCUUUCUAGCUAUCUGACAUUGAUCUUGAGCAUAUGAAGCACUACCUUCCAGCCGUCCCGCCAUUAUCUUUUUUUAUGAAGGGCUACUGGGCUGAACCAUUUGUAAUGCAGUCAUAGGAUUCAGGUAAAGAAACAAACGCUCUGCAGGGAGGAGUGUAGUUGUUCCUAGUAAGACAUAAUUUCGCUCAUGGGGAUGUUAUCCACUGAAGCCGAUGACAGACACCUUACCACUUCCUCCUAUAUUGGGUCCUGUAUCACCCAAACGGAGAACUAAUCAAUGCUAGCCAUACUGAGGUAAAGACUUAAGCCAAUAUUUAUACAUCUUCCUGUCAGAGAUCUUCCAUAUCUUUCUUUCAUUAUAUUCUUCUAUUGUGCAAAAAGGCAGACAGUGCAAUUAUUAUUAUUAUAAUUAUUAUUAUUAUAUGCUGGGACUGCAUACGUUCACUAUUGUAAUGUUCAUACAGGCUACUCUAGUGUCGCUGAAAAUGAAAGACAACCACUUCUUUUGGUAAAUAUGAAGAGAUAUCCCGCCGAGCAACGGCAACUUUUUCUGUGUCAGUCGCUCACUCAGCCUGUGUGUAUUUUAUUGAUUUAACCUCCGCACGCUAGAACGUCCGAAAUGCACAAUUCAUGUACUUUCAUUUUUAAUAUCAAUAAAAAAAACAUUUUAUCAAACA